CACUGAAUGCACUUUCCAAGGGAACUUCAGCAACAGGCAGGUCGCAGUGACGCACUAGCAAAUAUCGUCAAGAAUCCUUGCUCACUGGUCAUCUACUCAAGACUUCACCUGGUUUGUUUCUUAACCUUGUAGACGGACAAGUGGAUCUCAUUACCUAGGAAAGAUAUUCUAGAAUGCCUCCCCCACACUAUGAUUUCCUCAUCAAGCUUCUCUUGAUUGGCGACUCAGGUGUUGGGAAAUCCUGUCUUUUGCUCCGCUUCUGUGAUGAUGCGUGGACGCCAUCGUUCAUCACCACAAUCGGAAUUGACUUCAAGAUCCGCACAAUCGAGCUAGAUGGCAAGCGCAUUAAACUUCAAAUUUGGGACACUGCUGGCCAGGAACGGUUCAGAACCAUAACUACUGCGUACUAUCGUGGAGCAAUGGGCAUUCUUCUUGUGUACGACGUCACAGAUGAGCGAUCAUACAACAGUAUUCGCACUUGGCAUGCUAACAUUGAACAACAUGCUUCAGAGGGUGUCAACAAGAUACUGAUCGGUAAUAAGUCGGAUUGGACAGACAAGCGAGCCGUCCCAGAAGCCCAGGGACGUGCACUUGCCGAUGAACUUGGCAUGAAGUUUAUGGAGACGUCUGCCAAGGCGAAUGAAGGUGUAGAAGAGGCCUUCUUCACCCUUGCAAGAGACUGCAAGACUCGGCUCAUCGACUCGCAAGCAGACUCGGCUGCCUCAGUGGGAGGUGCUUCCAACGCAGAUGGGUCAGUGAAAGUCAACCAACCUGUGACUUCAGCGUCGAUGGGUUGCUGCUCAUAAGCACCUAUGUUGGACUCUAGUACAAUCCGAGCUUCUUUUGUUCAUCUUUUUUCAAACUAUUUCAUGUUACCUCCGUAUUCCCCUUCCAUGUAAUACUGUUCUACCACAUGACACGGUGCUGUUGACUGAAUUAUCUUCACUAGUAUUUGGAGCAAGUGUUGCUUUGACUCGUUGCGCAGUGCUCAAGUGCCGAAGUUCUAAUUAGGAUGAACAUACUUAUGACUGCCCGAAUUGAGUGAUGGGCGUAUUGUCUG